AUGGCGGUUCCAGUAGAAGAAGCCAUUGCAGCUCUCUCAACAUUCUCUCUAGAGGAUGACCAACCAGAGGUACAAGGCCCAGCAGUGCUGGUUUCGAGCGAACGAGGAGCAACAAAUAGUCCCACUGAGUACAGUGAUGUUGCUGCAUAUCGGUUAUCGUUAUCAGAAGACACUAAAGCUCUCAAUCAGCUAAAUGCUCUUAUCCAAGAGGGUAAAGAAAUGACUUCAGUCCUUUAUACAUAUCGUAGCUGCGUGAAAGCACUUCCUCAGCUUCCUGAGUCCAUGAAACAUAGUCAGGCUGAUUUGUAUUUGGAAACAUAUCAAGUUUUGGACUUGGAAAUGAGCCGUCUUCGUGAAAUCCAGCGAUGGCAGUCAUCAGCAGCUGCUAAAUUGGCAGCUGAUAUGCAACGUUUUUCUCGGCCUGAGCGGCGAAUAAAUGGCCCCACAAUCACUCAUCUCUGGUCUAUGUUGAAGUUACUUGAUGUUUUGUUGCAACUUGAUCACCUUAAAAAUGCUAAAGCAAGUAUACCUAAUGACUUCACGUGGUACAAAAGGACAUUCACGCAAGUCAGCGCUCAGUGGCAAGAGAUUGAUUCAAUGAGGGAGGAAUUAGAUGAUCUACAGAUUUUCCUAAGCACUAGAUGGGCUAUUCUAUUGAAUUUGCAUGUGGAGAUGUUUCGGGUGAACAAUGUGGAGGACAUUCUUCAAGUUCUUAUUGUUUUUGCUGUUGAGUCAUUGGAGUUGGACUUCGCACUUCUAUUUCCAGAAAGGCAUAUUCUUCUACGUGUACUACCGGUUCUCGUUGUCUUAGCAACAUCAUCAGAGAAAGAUAGUGAAUCACUAUACAAGAGGGUGAAGAUCAACAGGCUUACUAAUAUUUUUAAGAAUGAUCCUGUGAUCCCAGCAUUUCCUGAUCUUCAUCUUUCUCCUGCUGCAAUCGUGAAAGAAUUGUCCAGUUACUUCCAUAAGUCUUCUUCGCAAACUCGUCUUAUUACCCUUGCAGCACCACAUGAGCUUCCACCUCGUGAAGCACAAGAAUAUCCUCUACACCGCAUUACCUUAACAAGAUUUACUUAUCAGAGACAUUAUCACAUUGCCAAUCACAUUGGAGGCAUUCGUGCUGAGCAUGAUGACUUCACUAUUCGGUUUGCUUCAUCAUUGAAUCAGUUACUGCUGUUAAAGUCAACAGAUGGCGUAGAUGUUGAGUGGGCUAAGGAAGUCAAGGGAUAUGUAUAUGAUAUGGUUGUUGAGGGCUUCCAGCUUUUAAGCAGAUGGACUGCGCGUAUCUGGGAACAAUGUGCCUGGAAGUUCUCUCGUCCAUGCAAAGAUGCAGUUCCUUCAGAACCAAGUGGAGUUCCAACACCAGUUUCUGACUAUGAAAAGGUUGUGCGAUACAAUUACACUGCUGAGGAAAGGAAGGCCCUUAUCGAACUUGUUAGCUACAUAAAGAGUGUUGGGUCCAUGAUGCACCGAUGUGAUACACUAGUCUCUGAUGCGUUGUGGGAAACGAUACAUGCAGAGGUGCAAGACUUUGUCCAGAGCAUAUUGGCCACUAUGCUGAAGACUACUUUCAGGAAAAAGAAGGACCUUUCGAGGAUUCUUUCUGAUAUGCGGACACUUUCAGCAGACUGGAUGGCUAAUACGAGCAAGGGUGAAGUUGAUAUACAGUCGCAAGGGGCUGAAGACAGUAAAGGCAAUUUCUUUUAUCCCAGGCCAGUUGCCCCAACAGUUGCACAGGUUCAUUGCUUGCAGUUCCUCAUUUAUGAAGUGGUAUCUGGGGGCAAUCUCCGGAAGCCAGGUGGGCUCUUUGGUAAUAGUGGAUCUGAAAUCCCUGUAAAUGAUUUGAAGCAGUUAGAGUCAUUCUUCUACAAGCUUAGCUUCUUUCUGCAUAUUUUGGACUACUCUGCUACAAUUGCCACUUUAACAGACCUCGGUUUCUUAUGGUUUAGAGAAUUUUAUUUGGAGUCAUCACGUGUAAUCCAGUUCCCCAUAGAAUGCUCUCUUCCCUGGAUGCUGGUGGAUCAUGUACUUGAAUCCCAUAAUGCAGGACUUCUUGAAAGUGUUCUGAUGCCAUUUGACAUUUACAAUGAUUCAGCUCAACAAGCUCUAGUUGUUCUGAGACAAAGAUUCCUGUAUGAUGAAAUUGAGGCAGAGGUGGACAAUUGUUUUGAUUUAUUUGUUUCCAGACUCUGUGAAACUAUAUUCACUUUCUACAAGAGCUGGGCUGCUAGAGAACUACUUGAUCCAUCAUUCCUCUUUGCCUUGGACAAUGGAGACAAAUAUUCGAUCCAACCCAUGAGGUUCACUGCACUAUUUAAGACUACCAGAGUAAAGUUACUUGGGAGGACCAUUAAUUUGAGAAGUUUGAUUGCUGAGAGGAUGAACAAAGUUUUCAGAGAGAACCUGGAGUUCCUGUUUGAUCGUUUUGAGUCUCAAGACCUAUGUGCAGUAGUGGAGCUAGAGAAACUCUUAGACAUCUUAAAGCAUGCGCAUGCUCUUCUUUCCAAGGAUAUUUCAAUAGACUCCUUCGACCUCAUGCUGAAUGAGAUGCAAGAAAAUGUCUCUCUUGUGUCAUUUUCCAGUAGACUUGCUUCUCAGAUUUGGUCAGAGAUGCAGAGCGAUUUCUUUCCAAAUUUUGUCCUUUGCAAUACCACUCAACGUUUUGUCAGGUCAUCAAGAGUUCCUCACCUUUCCGUUCAAAAACCAUCUCUCCCUCAUGCAAAGCCUAACUUCUACUGUGGUACCCCGGAGCUGAAUGCUGCACAUCAAAGUUUUGCACGCUUGCACAGUGGAUUCUUUGGUAUCCCACAUCUUUUUUCAAUUGGUAGACUCCUUGGAUCCAGAUCUUUGCCUUGGCUUAUUCGAGCUCUUCUAGAUCAUAUAUCGAACAAGUCAACUGCAUUGGAACCAAUGAUUAUGGGAUUGCAAGAUGCAUUGCCCAAAUCCAUUGGGUUGCUUCCUUUUGAUGGUGGUGUCACAGGUUGUAUGAGGCUUGUUAAAGAAAACCUUACAUGGGGAACAAAGUCAGAGCUCAAAGCUGAAGUUCUCCGAGGGAUUAAGGAGAUUGGAAGUGUACUAUAUUUGAUGGGGCUUCUUGACAUUGUGUUGAGGGAAGUGGACACCAUGCAUUUCAUGCAAACAGCUCCUUGGCUAGGCCUGGUUCCUGGUACCGAUGGACAGAUAUUACAUUCACAAAGUGGUGGGGGAGAUAGUCCUAUUGUUCACCUCUUCAAAUCAGCCACUACUGCAAUUGCCUCCAACCCUGGGUGUCCAAAUCCAACACCUUUCUAUACCAUGUCCAAACAGGCCGAGGCUGCAGACCUUCUGUACAAAGCCAAUAUAAACAGUGGAAGUGUGCUGGAGUAUGCCCUUGCAUUUACCAGUGCAGCACUGGACAAAUUCUGCACAAAGUGGAGUACUGCGCCCAAGACAGGGUUCAUUGACAUAACAACGUCCAAGGAUUUCUACCGAAUAUAUAGCGGCCUUCAAAUAGGAUAUCUGGAGGAAUCCGUUUCUGGUAACCAUGACAUAAUGGGUGAUUCCGUUGCUUGGGGGGGUUGUACUAUCAUUUACUUGCUUGGACAACAACUUCACUUUGAGCUGUUUGAUUUCUCCUAUCAAGUCCUAAAUGUUGCUGAGGUGGAAGCCGGAUCGCUAUCCCAAACACACAAGAAUCCUCAUCUACUCCAGGGAUGGGAUAGUCUGCUAGAGGCAAUGAAGAAAGCGAGAAGGUUGAAUAAUCAUGUCUUCUCGAUGCUAAAAGCUCGCUGCCCACUCGAGGACAAGACAGCCUGCGCCAUCAAGCAAAGUGGAGCCCCUCUCCAUCGCGUCAAGUUUGAGAACACAGUCUCUGCCUUCGAAACACUGCCUCAGAAAGGCGUCUGA